GUUCUCGGACGCGCUCGCUGCGCCCGCGCCACUGUCGCCACCCCGCGCGCCUCUGCCGUUUGCAGCCCGCGGCGCUUUCCCCUCCGCGGUUCCUCCCCGAGCCGCCCCCAGUGCCCAAGCUUCCGCGGCUCCGCCGACCAGGGGCCGCGCCGACUGGGAACUCGCCAGGCGCGUAGUCCCCUGCAAGGCCUGGGGGCCGGCGAGGCCGCAGAGGCGGGAUGGGCCUGAGCCCGGGCGCCGAGGGGGAGUACGCGCUCCGCCUCCCUAGGAUUCCCCCACCCCUCCCCAAACCCGCCUCGCGAACCGCCGGUACCGGGCCCAAGGACCAGCCGCCUGCGCUCAGACGUUCAACUGUGCCCCACUCAGAAGAAUCCGUGGGAUUCGCAGCGUUGGUCCAGCUCCCAGCCAAGCAGCCUCCGCCGGGCACAUUAGAACAGGGCAGAAGCCUCCAGCAAGGGGAGAAGCCUGUAGUUAGCAUGGAGACCACACCCAGCCAGAAAGCAGACUGGAGUUCAAUUCCAAAGCCUGAGAAUGAAGGCAAGUUAAUAAAGCAAGCAGCUGAGGGAAAACCAAGACCCAGACCUGGAGACCUGAUUGAGAUUUUUCGAAUUGGCUAUGAGCACUGGGCCAUCUAUGUAGAAGAUGAUUGCGUGGUCCAUCUGGCUCCCCCGAGUGAGGAGUUUGAGGUGGGCAGCAUUACUUCCAUCUUUAGCAAUCAGGCCGUGGUGAAAUACAGUCGUCUGGAGGAUGUGCUGCAUGGCUGCUCCUGGAAGGUCAAUAACAAGCUAGAUGGGACGUACCUGCCCCUGCCGGUGGACAAGAUCAUCCAGCGUACAAAAAAGAUGGUCAACAAGAUCGUGCAGUACAGCCUGAUUGAAGGGAACUGUGAGCACUUUGUCAAUGGCCUCAGAUACGGCAUACCCCGGAGCCAGCAGGUAGAGCACGCCCUGAUGGAAGGAGCGAAGGCUGCUGGAGCAGUUAUUUCAGCUGUAGUGGAUAGCAUAAAGCCCAAACCAAUAACUGCCUGAAGGUGAUGAAACCUCCAGCUAGAGGAAGAGUUACUGACACAAGCAAAAAGAACAUGCUUCCUUCCCUUGCCUUCUCUCAAUGGCUCCGAUUAAGAAAAUUGUGAACUUCUGGAAGAAUCUACAAUGUAUCCAAUUACCCUUCCAGAAAUACAUCCAAUAUAUACGA